UGUUGCGGCUUCCGCCGCGGGUGGAGGAAGAUGGCGUCGGGUGGUGGCGGCUGUAGCGCUUCAGAAAGAUUCCCUCCGCCCUUCCCCGGCCUGGAACCGGAGUCCGAGGGGGCGGCCGGGGGGUCAGAACCCGAAGCUGGGGACAGCGACACCGAGGGGGAGGAUAUUUUCACCGGCGCCGCGGCGGCCAGUAAGCCCCAGUCCCCAAAGAGAAUUGCUUCUCUUCCCAUCAACAAUGGCUCCAGAGAAAAUGGGAUCCAUGAGGAACAAGACCAAGAGCCACAGGAUCUCUUUGCAGAUGCCACAGUGGAGCUAUCCCUGGACAGCACACAAAAUAAUCAGAAGAAGGUACCAGCCAAAACGCUCAUUUCUCUUCCUCCACAGGAAGCCAUAAAUUCUUCUAAGCCACAACCAAGCUCUGAGGAGCUAGAAGAAGAAGAACAGGAAGACCAUUUUGAUUUGACAGUUGGUAUAACUGAUCCUGAGAAGAUAGGGGAUGGUAUGAACGCCUAUGUAGCCUACAAAGUUACAACACAGACAAGCUUACCAAUGUUCAGAAGUAAACAGUUUGCAGUGAAAAGAAGAUUUAGUGACUUUCUGGGUCUUUAUGAGAAGCUUUCAGAGAAACACUCUCAGAAUGGCUUCAUUGUCCCUCCUCCACCUGAGAAGAGCCUAAUAGGAAUGACAAAAGUAAAAGUUGGGAAGGAAGAUUCUUCUUCUGCAGAAUUUCUUGAAAAACGGAGGGCUGCUCUAGAAAGGUACCUUCAGAGGAUUGUGAAUCAUCCCACCAUGUUACAGGACCCCGAUGUCAGGGAGUUCUUGGAAAAAGAAGAGCUGCCACGUGCUGUGGGUACCCAGACAUUGAGUGGCGCUGGUCUCCUCAAGAUGUUCAACAAAGCCACAGAUGCAGUCAGCAAGAUGACCAUCAAGAUGAAUGAAUCAGACAUUUGGUUUGAGGAGAAGCUCCAGGAGGUAGAGUGUGAGGAGCAGCGCUUACGGAAACUGCAUGCUGUUGUAGAAACUCUAGUCAACCAUAGGAAAGAGCUAGCGCUGAACACAGCCCAGUUUGCAAAGAGUCUAGCCAUGCUUGGGAGCUCCGAGGACAACACAGCAUUGUCACGGGCACUCUCCCAGCUGGCUGAGGUGGAAGAAAAAAUUGAGCAGCUCCACCAGGAACAGGCCAACAAUGACUUCUUCCUCCUUGCCGAGCUCCUGAGUGACUACAUUCGCCUCCUGGCCAUAGUCCGCGCUUAUCACAGACCUGCUGUCUUGGCCCCCUGGAGCAGUGACUUCCUCAGUCCUUUGGUCUUUGCCUCCUUAACAGUAAGCUGCGGCUUCGCCCUGGCUGCCUUUGACCAGCGCAUGAAGAUGUGGCAGCGCUGGCAGGAUGCUCAAGCCACACUGCAGAAGAAGCGGGAGGCUGAGGCUCGGCUGCUGUGGGCCAACAAACCUGACAAGCUGCAGCAGGCCAAGGAUGAGAUAGCAGAGUGGGAGUCUCGGGUGACUCAGUAUGAAAGGGACUUUGAGAGGAUUUCAACUGUGGUUCGAAAAGAGGUGAUACGGUUUGAGAGAGAGAAAUCCAAGGACUUCAAAAACCACGUGAUCAAGUACCUUGAGACACUCCUGUAUUCACAGCAGCAGCUGGCAAAGUACUGGGAAGCCUUCCUUCCUGAGGCAAAGGCCAUCUCCUAAUGGACCAAGGACACCAGAGCCCACCUGCCUGACGCUGCCUUUUUAUACACUGUCCUCCUCCACUUCUGCUGGACCCCAGUGAUGCACCCUGCCUAGCCUGGACUUCACCCCUCCCUCCCUGCCCCCACAACCAAGCUGUCCCCAUCACUUUAACCAUUACUUCAUUUAGCUUCCAUAUAUAUUUUCUUACCUGAGAGAAUAGUUUCUUGCUUUAAGCAAAAGACCUACAAUAGGUGGUGGAAUUAUGGGAUGGGGUGGAGUAUUGGUAUAAAUAUAUAAAUACAAAUGUAUAUUUUUCAGGAUGUGGUUAGGAACUGGGAAUAACGUUUUCUGUUACUCCUGAUGGUGCCAUGAAAAGACUAUGUAAUAAAAUAUUUUAAAAUCA